GUUUUACACACAGCUGAGCCGAGGGAAAAAAAAAAAAAAAAAAAAAAAAAAUAGACGAUCUCUGAAGUCCAUCCUGGACCAGGCUGAAGCUGUCUUUGUUCCACACUGGCUUCUACAACAUUAACGGGACAUUUUCACUCUGUCGGCCUCAAAGGCGUGAGGAAAUAUUAAUGACAUGGACUUACAGGAGGCUGAACAUAUGGACCAGUGUGGGCCGUGCCUGAAGAGAAGAAGACACGACAGCGAGCAGUCUGUCUCCAGUGGAACCAGCAGCUGUUCUUCUGGUUUGGAGUACACUGAUCUGGAGGCAGCUGAAGCUCUGGUGUGUAUGAGCUCCUGGGGUCAGCCCGUGUUCCUCAGCAGCAGCAACAAGCUGAACCCCUGCAAGACCCGGCCCCUCACUCCGGCUUCUGAUUCCUGCGACUCCCUCCUGCCGCUGGAGCUCCAGGAGCCCCCAAGGGACUUUGUGUCCCUCUCCUCACUGUGCAUGACACCUCCCCAUAGCCCCGGUUUUGUUGAGACCUCAUCAAGCAGCACGGUCCAGUCCACCCCCAGCCCAACCAUGUCCACGGCACUUUCUGGAUCUGAGCUCCAUCUACCCAUCCUGGCCCCCACUCCUGAAAGGACCCCUUCCCUGCCUGCUCCGUCACACCCCUGCAGAGCCAUGGCAACCAGCGUCAUCAGGCACACUGCAGACAGAGACCUGUGCCAGCACCACAUUCCAGUAACCUCCAUUUCACAGAAAACUACAAGCACAGUGACCGGGACAGGAACAAUAGUGUGCAUGCAGCGGCAACAGGAAUGCAUUACAUACACACCCCAGUCUCCUCCUGCAGUAGAAGCCCAGCACCCUGUCAGUCCCUCUAAACCUUCUUUGGACAGUGUUUCCACCUCCACCCUCAACACCCAACCACAACACCCACCAACAAACCCACCUUCCCCCAGUGUUCCCACAACCCUCUCCCCUGCUUCAGUGACCAGUCCUCAAAUCAUCUGCCAGAUGUUCCCCAUCUGCAACCAGUCAGGAAUAAUAUCAGCCUUCAUCCCCAGUGCAGGUCAGGCCUCCAGUACUGGAAUUCGGACUACCACAACCCCCAUCCUUCCUCAGCCCACCUUGGCCAACAGGCCCCCCCUCCAGCAGCCACUUAUUGUGGGCUCCGCUGUGCCACAGGGCGCAGUAAUGCUUGUCCUCCCUCAGUCCUCGGUGUCUCAGGUCCCUCAGGGCCCACAGACUGUCAUGACCCUGGGCAACACCAAACUGCUACCUCUGGCCCCAGCCCCUGUGUACAUGCCUGCUGGGCCCUGCAGCAACACAGCGGCCACAAAAAUUGUCUUUUCUCGCAGAAGAAACUAUAUCUGCAGCUUUCCAGGAUGCAGAAAAACGUACUUCAAGAGCUCACACCUCAAGGCUCAUCUGCGAACACACACAGGUGAGAAACCAUUCAGCUGCAGCUGGGACGGCUGCGAUAAGAGGUUUGCCCGCUCUGAUGAGCUGUCCCGUCACCGCCGCACACACACCGGCGAGAAGAAAUUCGUCUGUCCCGUGUGCGAUCGGCGAUUCAUGCGCAGUGACCACCUGACCAAACAUGCCCGCCGUCACAUGACCACGAAGAAGAUUCCUACUUGGCAGGCAGACGUUCGCAAUCUGAGCAAAAUGGCUUCGGACAAAACUUCUCCCUCUAAAGCUGCCAUUGGCACCCUGAGCAUGCUAGUACCUGCCAGCUCUAAGUAGCCAUCUUUCUCAGUCUGUGCAUAUUUACUUAAGUGGAUGUUGGAAACAAGUAAUAAAAAACAAACAACUAAUAUUUUGAUUUUAAAAUAUAAAAUAUUAAAUUGAAUUAUGAGCAAUUUUUCUUUUUUGAGAUCAAAACCAGACGAGGAGACACUUAAAUUGGUUUGAUGUACUUGUCAUGUUUAAGAUAAUAAAGGCAAAAUCACCAGCAAAGAGAACUGAAAACUUUGGCCCAGUUUUUAUAUCCCUAGAAAAAGCCCCUAGGUAUCAAAACGGCUAAUAUCUGCCUGCAGGAGGCACUGUUUCUUCUGUACACCUCAAAGCUGUUAUCCCAGAUAUUUUUUCAUCACAAAUGGAAGAUUACUGGGAAUUUUACCCCUUUAACAUUUUGUAUCCUUGCAGUUUUGGUAACCCGACUUUUUCGGCUACUAUAUGGUACUUUCCGCCAGGAAAGUUUCAUACGAGCGUUGUGUCAAUUAGUGUGUGCCUCAUAGAUGUUUUGCAUCUGCAUUUAAUGUCAUGUGGUUUCCUCCUGUCUGACUUAAUCUUCAAAUUUUGCUCUUUAAAACACCAUUUACAAAAAAAUUUAUUAUUCUUCUAUAAUUAUCAACUUUCACGUCACUGCCUGAAUAUAUUUACCGUUACAUAAAAAGUGAAUUAUUUGUUGUCGAUGUGAUGUGGAUGCUACAUUAAGUAGCGAUUAUUUUAAUAUAGCACAUACAAUAGAUCUAAAUUUUGGUAUUUAGUUGUCAAAUUUGCAAAAUUAGGCUUAUUUGGGCAUAUUUCUGACCACUAGAUGGCAGCAAAGUGCUUCUACUAAGAUCCUUAGCAUGUAUGGAAUAUACUUCAACUGGCAUUACUGGGAAUGACACACCAUCUUGACUGGAGGUGGUUUGAGGCGAAAUCAAAAAAGUCUACAAGUGCUUUUUCUGUCAGAAUGAGUUUACAAAAUUUUUCCAAAUUGUAAUUUUUUAUCUCUAUAAUUCACCAAAAUGGCAAAUCCAGAGAAACAGAAUUACACGCUAUGGGAAAUGUGUAAAACAUGUACCUAAACAGACGCACCCUACCAUAUAUGGAUGGUGAUGUCACAGGAUGAAGCAUAUACUUUGCUAGCUGAUGUUGAGAUGUUUCAGAAUAGAAGAAAAAUGGUCAAUUUUCCCUCUGUUGGUGAUUUCAAUUUUUUAUUAUUUUUGAUCAAAUUUUAUUUUCUGCUCAUCUGUGUUUGACUAUGAUAAAGGGAGAGAACAACAGCUCUUAUUUCAAUUAAAUAUUUAGUAUUUUAAAAUAGUUCAUUUUUUCAUUACUGGUUUCUGAUAAGAAGAAAAUUCAGUUACUAAAAAAUCUGCAUGGACCUUCCUCACUCCUGAGACACCAGAGGGACAAAAUGAGUGGCUCAGCAAACCUGGCUGCUUGUCUUUUACAAAAACUAAACAUGCACUGGACUCUUCCUGCUCUACUGCUUAUUUUGUACAAAGAUUUUCUCUAGAAGAUUGUUAGUUUACGUUUUUUAUUAUUGAUCAUUUGUAUGCAUCCUUGCCAAAGCUUUUGUAUUGACUCAGUUGUUGGCAUUUCAUUUUGUCCACCUCUCCUACAAGACAUUAUAUUUGUCAUAAUACUGAUGUCUAUGUGAAUGUAUCGUUUGAGUAUAAAAUGCAUUUUUUUGUCUUACUUGGGUAAAAAUUGACAAAAAGUGUAAAUUUGAAUACUAAUCACAAGUACUUCGAUUGUACCUCGAAUAUAUCUGCCCGCCUAACUUUUCAUAUUAUUUAAUAUCAUGUUUGUAAUUAAAAAAUUAAUAAUUAAA